UUAUAACUGGAACAGCCAGCUGCUCUCAAUCGCUCUGUACUCUUUAGAACACUCGUAAACCCUAAACCCUAGCUCACCACUGUCACAACCUCUAAGCCAUGGCUCUGCAAUUUGUCCGCUUCCGUCGAGCUCUAACCUCACUUUCCACUCUCCAGCGCUCUCUUUCCUCUCCGAUCAUUCCCACUUGCCCUCUUCCUCUCCCGCAUGCCUUCAUUUCUCCCUCGCCAUCCAAGCAAUCGCCAGCGUUCUUCAUCUUUCAGUCGCGGCCGUUCGCGGGAUCGCCAAUGUCUCUCUCUUCCUCGGGAAAACAGUACAGGGUGUACAAGGAAGGAGACGAGAUCACGGAGGACAUGGUGCUUUUCGAGGGCUGCGAUUUCAAUCACUGGCUAAUUACAGUGGAUUUUCCCAAGGACCCGAAGCCCACACCCGAAGAGAUGGUUGCGACGUACGAGCGUAUCUGCGCUCAGGGACUGGGCAUCAGUAUCGAGGAGGCAAAGAAAAAGAUAUACGCUUGUAGCACCACUACUUAUCAAGGUUUUCAGGCAGUUAUGACAGAAGAGGAGUCCGAAAAAUUUAAAGAUAUUCCUGGAGUUGUAUUUGUACUGCCAGAUUCUUAUAUUGAUCCACAAAACAAGGAAUAUGGAGGAGACAAGUAUGAAAAUGGAGUAAUAACACCAAGGCCACCUCCAGUUCAAUAUAGGAAGACAGGAAGAUUCAAUGACAGGAACAGGAAUCCUGCCCAGCCAAGAUAUGACCAGCAAGGAGGUCCUGCCCAGCCAAGAUAUGACCAGCAAGGAGGUCCUGCCCAGCCAAGAUAUGACCAGCAAGGAGGUCCUGCCCCAAAUCAACGUGGGAGUCCCCAAUACAAUCAACAAGGAUAUAUGCAAGGUGGACGUGCUAGUCCCCAAUUUAAUCAAGGAUAUACGCAAGGUGGUGGGAACUAUGGACCUCCUCAAAAUUACCCACCACAGCAAAAUUAUGGCCCUCCUGGACAAGGAGAUAGAAUGCCAAUGAACAAUUGGGAUAAAGCUCCUGGAGGAAGGGAUUCAUAUCAGACAAAUAGGGGUCCAUAUCAAGGCUCCUAUGGCCAAGACCAAAGAGGAGGCCAAUAUCAGGGGAACUACAGCCAUGGUCAGCAGGGAAAUCAUUAUCCUCAAGACCAAAGGGGCUUCCCACAAGGAGAUCAGAGGAACUUCAGGGGAGAUGGCAGAAACUUUUCUCCUGCACAACCUGGAACUCAUGGGCAAGGUUCAAAUAUUGGUUAUGGGCAGGGCUACCCAGGUGAAGGUCAAAGGUUUUCGCAGAUGGAGCAGAGAAAUAUGCAUGGAGAGCAAUCAAAUUAUGCACCUGUAGGACAAACUGGAGAAAACCAAGGAAGAUAUUAGGGGACUCCCAGAUAGUUCAUCAAGGCAAUGAGGGGGGGAGAUUUGUAAAUGACCUUUAUCUUUCACUUGGUCACCCUCAUGAACAAGGAAAGGAAUACAAUAUGAACCUUUUUGAGUGUGUGGUAAAUAAGUCGUUUGCAUUCAUCUUUAAUUGAUAGUCGUAUGCCUACAACUUAAUCUAAAGUAGGAAUAAGACCUGAAAUCAGAAUUUUGGUACUGCACAUAUGUUGUGAAUGAUGGUGCACGAAGUGAGGAAGCUUGCACUUGAUGGUGUUGCUCCUAUCCGCUUUUCUUUCUUUAAUUACUUGAAUCAAGUGCCCAUCACAAUGGCCAGAGAGUCUCCAAAUUUGCACUACUUGUGAUGGCACUUUUGCUUCGCGGCGUAUUGUUUUAGUGGUCUUGUGGAGGAAUCAUUUUGGUUUUAAGAUGCUCAAAAAGCUUGUUCAAUGUUUCUUGACUUUCUGACACAAGUAUUCAGUUGAGAAUGUUGAUGCAUGAUUUUGUUUUA